GAGGGGAGAGAGAGAGAGAGAGAGAGAGAGAGAGAGAAGGGAGGAGGGAGAAAUGUUAGGCAAAGGCUUGAAUCACUGCUUCUCUCGCCUCAAGCGGCCUUCCCAUUCUGCCCAUCCACCAAUCCCCCAUUCCCUGAAUGCCCCCUCCACCUCCGCUUCUGCGCCUUCCUCCGUGGUCUUUAAAAGUUUCAAUUCCCUGUAUGACCCCGCCGCCUCCGAUUCGGAAACCCUAACCCAAACCCUCUCCACGUCCUCCGCCGCCGCUGCGGCCACCGCUGCCGAGGGCUCCUCCUUCUCCUCCAACUCCUCAUCCUCCACCGCCCCCGGCACCGCCGCCGCCCCCGACGGACCCUGCCCCUCUGACCGCGACCUCUCCACCGCCAUCGCCUCCCGCCGCUUCUUCCCGGCCGCUCCCGGGCCGUCGAACUCGAUCGUGGACUCGGCGGCGGUGGCCGUCGGCGUGGUAGGUGCCGGGGUCGCCGUGCCGACGUACUCGCCGGACCCGUACUGGGACUUCCGGCGGUCGAUGGAGGAGAUGGUGGCGGCGCUGGGGCUGGACCUCCGGGUCCACGCCGUCCACCUCCACGAGCUCCUUCUCUGCUACCUCGCCCUCAACCGGAAGCACGCCCACAAGUACAUCGUUGGCGCCUUCGCCGACCUUAUCGUCGGCCUCGCCGCCGCCGAGAACCACCGAUCCGACGCCUGAUCUCCCAUCUUCCUUCUCCUCCGCCGCCGCUGCCGCCGGAGGUAGAGCCCUGGUUGUAAUCAUGCGCGUUCGCCGAUAACGGGCGCUUUUACUUGGUUUUUCCUUUUCUUUUAGACCACAAAAAAAAAAAAAACCGACGGUGUGGAUGUGCUCGCUUGGCUUUCUUUUGUACUAAUCUUAUACGCGAACAAAUCUUAAUACAGUUUUUAUUUGUGAGGAGGAAAUGGUUUUUCUUAGUUCACCGUUAUCAAAUAUGAGAUCUAGUGCAGAAUCUUCUCUGCCGUCCAUUUGUUAA